CCAAAGCACUAGCUAUCCCACUCAAGCACACGCUCACGAUGACAUCCAAAGCUGCCAUCUUCGUCGCCCUGAGCAUCGUCCUCUCCUCCGUCGCCGCGCACGGCUGCGGACCCUAUUGCCAGCCUCCAGUCGUCGUGCCGACGCCGCCCGUUGUCGUUCCGCCGCCGUACCAAGGAGGAGGAGCGCACGGCCACGGCGGGCAGUGCUCUAUCGACGCGCUAAAGCUGCGGGUGUGCGCCAACGUUCUUGGCGGCCUGCUCAGCCUCAAGGUCGACGUUUCGGUGCGCGACGAGUGCUGCCCGCUGCUCCAGGGGUUGGUCGACCUUGACGCCGCCGUCUGCCUCUGCACCGCCGUCAGGGCCAACGUCCUCGGCAUCCACCUCGACGUGCCUGUGGACAUCAGCCUCCUCCUCAACCACUGCGGCAAGACGUGCCCGUCCGAGUUCACUUGCCCAGGCCAUUAACGGACGCGUACUGAUGCACGUAUGGGCGCCGACUAAGAUUUGCUUUCGAUCCGUACUUCAUUGUUAUUUUCGUGAGUUGUGGAACCGUUCCACUUCCACAUUUGAAUCCUUGUAACCAGUUACUUUUGGCAAACAACCAUGUACUCUUCGUAUUGAUAUAUAUCAUCACUGUGCAAUCAUUAUUACUCUA